GCCUCGAGGCAAAUAUUCAAUUCUUGUAAAUUGGCCAACAGCUGGCCAUAAAACGGAACCUGAUCAGAGUCAGAGUCAGCAGGAGGAGCAUCUGCAUCAGCAUCAUCAUCAUUUUGAUUGGCCUCCCAUCAAUGUUUGCUCCAGUUGCCAUGGCCAUGUCACCCUCGGCUCCGGCUCCGGCUUCGGCUUCAGCCAAUUGCAAUGGCAAUCUAUCGCCGCGUAAAGACAAGACAAUACUCAAUUGGUUAAAGAAAAGUUCGAGUGCUAGCCACGAUAGUGUGAAUAACAAUAAUAAUCCAAAUCCAAAUUCAAAUAACGAUAACAAUUGCAAUUGUGAGACUCGUGCGUUUCGUGAUUUUCGUGGCGUGCAAACUUUGCGUUUACUUUGGAGCAAACGUAUACACAGUGCCAGCGAGGAUCAUCAUCAUCAUCACCAGCAGCAGCAGCAUCAACUGCAGGACCAACACGCAGGAUCGUCCUCGCUGGGCACAUUGAAAAAGUUAAAUAAAUCGGUUAGCUGUUUGGUUAAUGCCUUCAAUAACGCUCGCGAUUGGCCCUUGACACCGGAGAAGACGUUGGCCAAACGCUCGGCUAGUUUGCAUAAUUUACAACAGCAACAGCAACAGCAGCAGCAGCAACAACAACAACAACAACAUAAACGAUCUAUUGCAAGUAUAGAACAAUUACAACUGCUACAACAACGUGAAAAGGAUAAUUUCUAUAAAUACAAAAACGCCGAACAGGCCAAAAUGCAUAGCAAAUUGAAACGUGCCAACUGCUCACUGGAUGAAACAAUGAUUGCAGUGGCCAAAGAGAAAAGUCCCAAAAAGGGAGAGUGCAAAAUGGAAGAGGAGAGCACCAACACCAACACCAACACCAGCAGCAAAUGCUUAUCAGCAACGAAAUCAGAUAACAAGAAUGAGAAUUGUAUACAAAUUUUGCCCGACACGGCUGCCGCUCUCAGUCUGAGCGCGACAAGCGCCCAAAGCGGCGGCAGUAGCGAAUCGCUGCGUACCAAUUCAACGUCCACUUCAUCUGUCAAUCAUUCGACUCUGACGUCAUCCGGUGGCGGUGGCGGUGGCGGGGGCAGAGCGAUUUCACGACGUAAAUACAGUUUUAAGACGCAUGCAGGUAAAUCUUAUCAUCAACAUCAUACACCGCGACGAAUGAGCAGCAAUCUAAGCAGCAGCAGCAGCAUUGGCAGUGCAAGCCAAGGGCUAUCAGGAGCCGGACAAGGUCUGGCAAUGGGACACGAAACACUCAGUAGAAGUGGCAACAGCAUGGUGGCCAAAUUGACCCAACAAUUCAAUGAGAUCAUUCAAAAGGAUGCACGUGUCCUCGAGCAGGUGAAACGUAACAAUGGCGUAUGGCUGGCCAGAGGUGGACAUGUCUACAAGAUAGUCGAAAAGACGACGACAGCCGCCACAACUGAACCGAAUGGAACAGUUCAAAGGAAUAUCAAGAAAUUUGAGAAACUCGAGAAGCCCGCGGUGCCUUUAAAAUCGCAGCAAUUGUUGCGAAGGCAUCAGGAACUCUUGGCCAGGUCGGGACAGAAUAAAGCCAAGAGGAAUUCCAAAUUGCAAGCCUUGGAGGUGCUUAAUGAAGAGCCAAAGAUUCAAAUAGAAACCCAUAAUGAACAUCCAAACGUGGAAAACGAAAUUGUGGUCACAAACAAAUCAAAUGCAUCUGAGUCACAGAAUCUGAAUCAGGUGGAUAACAAUAUUAGCCAAGAUAAAAAUAGUGAUGAUGAAUUUGUUGUGGUGGAGCAGCAGCACCAAGAGGAGGUGGAAAAUGUGGAAGAGGUGGAAAGGCAAAAGCAACGUAAACACAAAUAUGCUACAAUCUAUGAGAAAUUGCGUUUCACUUUCCAAAAGGGCAGAAAAUCACCAACUAAAGCGACUUCACCUCUGCACUUAAAGGUCACCGAGGAGAAGGUGCAGCAGCAAUCAUCGAAUCAUCUCACAGUGCAAGAUGAUAACGCUUCGCAGUCUAGAAUUUCGCCAUGCGUUGAGGCAGACUCCAAGAUUCUGGAUGCCUUGGAGGUUUUGGAUCAGAAAUUAAAAGUAUUAAGCCUGCCGAGCAAUGAUAAUAACGGAACAACGGAAACGGUAUCAACACCGGAACUUCUAUUGGCUGCCAAUGAUGAUUUCGAGCAGCGGAUAUUGCCAAAUAAUUCGUUUAUUUAUCAAGCAGCCAAUAAACAAAUAUCGAACAAUCAAAUUCUAAUCAAUCAAGCGGUAAAUGUGACCUUGGUCAAUGCCAUUGAAGGCGAACAGAUGAUCAUGGAGCAGAAACAGUUGGCCAAGUUGGCAGCCAAGGACCAGAAGGAGGAAGACAAGGAUGAGAAGGAUGAAGUUAGACAACCAUCAGAUGGCAUAGAGACCACGACUCAAUUGGAGACAGAAUCCAUUUACGAGCCAAUCACAUUGGCUCAAUUAGAAUCACAAAAGACUGACCUGACACAGCAGGCAUCGAGCCUAUUUAAAAUAUCCUCCUCUCAAAAGGCAGAACUCAACGAGGAUAUCUAUCAGACUGUAGAGGAAGCAGCAGCCUCAACUGCCCAACCAACAACAACGACGCCGACGACGACUACAUCUCUGGAGGGUUAUGAGUCCAUAGCGGGCUCCAGAGAGUCACGGACUUCGGGUUCGGCUUUCGAUGGCUAUGAGUCAUUUGCCGAAGCCUCGCAGGUCUCUCAGACCUCGACGGGGGGAACCCAAGGAGGUCGCAAUACACGCGACGAGUUGCCUGAAUUGCCCAAGCCCAAGAGAAAUUUGCCCAAAUCUCCUCAAAUCCUAAGACCGGCUCCGGCAAAACCCGAUCCAGAUCCCGAGGAUGAGAACAUCUAUGAUACGAUCAAGGGCUGCUACGAGUCCAUGUCGAUGAUGCAGUCCAAAGUUCUGACCCGCAGGAAUAGUGGCCUAACCAAUGAUAGUAUAUCAAUCAACUCAAAUUGCUAUGAGAGCAUUCCCAAUUGUCGUCGAAGCAAAUUGAAUCCCAGCAGCAGCAGCACCAGCACGAUUACCAACACCAUUCAGCUGUCUAGCAGUGGUUCCACCCUGACCAUCUCAUCCGAUCACAAGACCAACAGUCUCUACGAAUCAUCAUUGGUCAAUGGUGUCGGUUGUCGCACAUCAUUGGGCAGUGGCGGCAGCUCCACUUCCAAUUCCAGCGGCAAACCCAGCGAGAAGCGCUCAUCGAUAGCCGGAUCAAGUGAUAAUAGCGAUGCUUGGGUUGAUAUUUCCGAUGGCGAUGGAGAUGGCGAUGGCGAGGGGCAAGCGGAGGCAGCGGAAAUGAUUGCAACCGAGUUUAUUGUUGUGCGGGAACAACGCUUUAAGCCGCAUCGGAAUCGUAGCCCGGAUUGGUCGAAACGCAUAAGAGACAAGAGACUGCAACAGAAGAAGGCCAUUAGCUGCAUUGAAGAUGACUCGGAUCAUUAUUAUGAGACGUUGUCGCCCUUGGGUCACAAACGGCAUUCACAAUCGACGCAACUAAUCUCUGGUUCGGAUCAAAAUGUUGCCUUGCGUUCAUCCCAACGACGGAUCAAGCAUAAUCAUCAUCAUUCGGUAUCGGCUCAUGCUCUGGGCGAGCAUUUGCCCAUUAAUUCCGAUGAUUAUGACUCCUUUGAAACGGAUAGCGACGAGCCGGGUGAACAGGAGCAACGUUUGAGAAAUCAAAAUGAUAGCGGUGUGGAUAUCAGUAAUCAUCGUCUACCCAAGCCACCGGCUGCCCAGCAGAAUCAAGUCUAUGAAUUUGUGCGUAAAUUCAAGGAUUUCAUAUCAAAUAAAAAGUCACCGAAAAGUAGUCAACAAAAGCUCUACGAGAAUACCUCACCAUCGACACAAUUCUAUGUGGAGAGUAAUUGCAAACCGAAGACGAAAUCCGAGCCGGAGGAGAUCUAUGACAAUACAGAGCAAAUCCAUCUCAGUCCCAGUCAACCAGCAACUUUAAUGCGUGAGAAGCAAAAGAAUGGCAAAAGUUUGCGCUCCCGUUUACGCAAGAGUCUUGUUGGCUCCACUUUUGAUACCAAACAGCUGUCCGCUUUGACUGCCACUCGAAGUACGUUCUAUAUCGAAGAUCCGGAACGAGGAGAGCCUGCCGGUUCGGGUAACCUGGAUUCGGGCUUUUCCGAGAAGAACUCUUCCGGUGAUUUGCCCAGCGUACCGAGCAUGGAAACGCAAAAGUUCUCCACUGUAGCUAGAAAGGCCAAAAAGGAGGCGAAAGCCUCUAGACGACGCACCACCAUAGGACUGAGACCACAUGAUCCACCACCGCCGCCGCCUCCAUUGACGCCAGCAACAGCUCCAAUAAUGACCUCACCACCGAAAAGUCCUCUCGACUCAAUGGGUCACGCCACCUCGUGGUAUGCCGAAUGUGGAGUCUUUAAGCAAUCGCCCAAUGGAGCCACUCAUGGCGAGGAGUUGGUCUCGCCAACCACACCGAAUGGUGCGAAUGGAGUUGGCGGUGGCGGUGCCAGUUCUUGGUAUGCCGAAUCGGGUCUCUAUCAAACCAGUGGCAUCUCAGUGGCCAGCUCCAGCGGCAGUUCCGGUGUAUCCACUGGCAAUGAAGCCGGACUCGGUGAUGACCUGCAGCCACAUAGUUUGUUCUCCAAUGAGCCUCUCUAUCAGAUGUACAGUGCAGCCAAAUUGGAGUCCAUUACACGGGAUCUGGAGGCGCAUGAGAGCUCUACGGAUGGCUAUGAAGAAAUUGGCCAAAAUGCACGACGAAAAACGGAACAGACUAAGACUAAGCCCAGGCCAUCGGCUUUGCAGUUGGUCGAACCGAAAAACGGUCCAUCAAGGACACUUUGGAGUGAAAUACCCGAAGUGAUACACUCCUGCAUAUUGCCCACAUUGACUCCACGCGAACGAGGCCUGCAAGAAGCCAAAUUCGAGAUUAUAACAUCGGAGGCGAGUUACCUGAAAUCAUUGAAUCUCCUGCGUCGUCAUUUCAUGAACAACAGUGCCUUUAUGGAUAGUUCCAUAUUGAGUCCACGGGAUCGCAAGGCCCUCUUCUCCUACAUUGUGCCUGUGCACGAAUGCUCGGAACGACUUCUCACCGAAUUGGAAUGCUGCUGGCAGAAUAACAUUAUGCUGUUGGGCCUAAGUCGUUGCAUUUAUGAGAUAGCCGAAAAACAUUUUCAUGUCUACGUUGCCUUUUGUGAGCAUCAAGGGCGAAUGGAUCGAACAUUGAGACGGCUGAAAGAGGCGAAGAGUGGUUCAUUCCAAAUGCAUCUGGAGAAAUUGGAGGCAAAUCCCAAUUGUUGUGGUCUCAAUUUGCAUUCGUUCCUUAUGCUACCCAUGCAGAGGAUAACAAGAUUGCCGUUGCUAAUCGAUGCUGUGUUUAGCAAGGAAUCGCCCCUUAAUCAGGAGGAAUACGAAAGCUGGAAACUUACCUUGGCUUUGGUGCAGAAAAUUGUGGCCCAAUGCAACGAGGCAGCCAAUCGCUGGGAGCAGGCCUAUGAAUUGGAAAGAAUAUCCAAGCAAUUGGAGUUUCCCACACACAUUCGGGCCCUGGCCAUUGCGCCGUGUGGCGUGCCCAAACAGGGGGCCAAGCCACGUUUUCUGGUCAAACGUGGAGAGCUCACCCAUUUAAUGUGGCGUGGCGAUGAUGCCAAACUGACAUUUGGCAAACGUUUCACCAAAUCCAAUAUCUAUGCGUUUCUUUUCUCCGAUCUCUUGGUGUUGACCAAGCGCAAGGGCGAAACUAGUUUUACUGUCUAUGAUUAUUGCCCCAGGAGCAUGAUGACAUUGUCCUCGGGUGACUCGCUGCCCCAGCUGCCAACCAAAGACUUAAAAGAUCAGGCGGGAAAGAAUCUAAUGCUUAUGACUCUCUUGGAGAACCAUGAAAGAAAAACCGUUGAACUAGUACUCUCCUGCCCAUCGAUAUCCGAUCAGCAACGUUGGCUCCAGGUUAUGCGACCGCCUGAGGCGGAAACACCAGACGAAAAGCUUUACGAAUCCUGGGAUUGCCCUCAGGUUAUAGCCAAGUACGUUUAUGAGACAGAUGAGCCAGAUGAACUUCAUUUAGAAACGGGAGAUGUGGUCAAUGUAACACGAAAACUGAAAGAUGGUUGGUAUCAAGGUGAACGCAUUCGUGAUGGCGCCGUCGGCUGGUUCCCCGGCAACUACACGGAGGAAUUGAACUCGGCUCAUGUUCGAUCACGCAAUUUGAAGCAAAGACAUCGGUUGCUAACUUUCACCGCCACCUUUCUUGAGUCCCAAAACAGAAAAUAGAAGAAUAUUGAGAAACUCCUUGUCACUGAUCCUGUUUGGGAUCAUCAUUCGUCUUCAUGUCAACGCCAUUUAUUAAAACUUAAAGUGAAUUAUUAUUAUUUAAGUGAGAUAUAGAAACAAGAAAACCAUUAGGAAAUGUGAUAAUUAUACAAAAAUAUAUAUAUAAUAUUAUAAUUA